CGGCUGCGGCGGGAGCGGCGGCACCGGCACCAUGCGGCAGUCCCUGACUCAGCAGCGCCCGGGCGGCGUGGCCCUGCCCGACUCCGUGGGGUCGUUCAAUAGAAGAAAAAGAAAUUCCCUCUACGUAACUGUGACUCUCCUCAUUGUGUCAGUAUUAAUUCUAACGGUGGGCCUAGCUGCUACAACAAGAACCCAAAAUGUGACUGUUGGAGGUUAUUACCCAGGGGUUAUUCUUGGUUUUGGGUCGUUUCUUGGAAUAAUCGGAUCAAACUUGAUAGAAAACAAAAGGCAAAUGCUGGUUGCAUCGAUCGUCUUCAUCAGCUUUGGUGUCAUUGCUGCGUUCUGCUGUGCCAUAGUAGACGGUGUCUUUGCUGCCAGACACAUAGACCUGAGGCCGCUGUACGCGGGGCGAUGUCAGUACUACUCCAAGAGCACGACCCCGCCUGAGGCGAUCUGUCACCCACAACGCCGUGCCCCCUGCACACCAAAAAUAAAAACCAAUACCUGCUUCUGCUGUGACCUGUACAACUGUGGGAACAGAGUGGAGAUUUCUGGAGGCUACUAUGAAUACAUUGAUGUCAGCAGCUGCCAGGACAUCAUCCACCUUUACCACUUGCUCUGGUCAGCAACCAUUCUGAACAUAGUGGGGCUAUUCCUGGGGAUCAUUACAGCAGCAAUCCUUGGAGGCUUUAAAGACAUGACUCCUUCCCUCCCUACGCUGAACUGUACGGUUGAAAAUGCACACCCUUCAGUGACCUACUACUCAAGGCCACAAGUGACAUCUUACAACACCUACUACCACAGCACUCCUCACCUGCCUCCCUACUCUGCAUAUGACUUUCAGCAUUCCAGCGUGUUUCCAGCCUCCACUCCUUCUGGCCUCUCCGAUGACCCCCAGUCCAUGUCUCCAUCUCCCAGCUAUAUGUGGGCCUCUAAUGCACCGCCUCGUUACUCGCCACCCUAUUUUCCCCCUUUUGAAAAGCCACCACCUUACACACCAUAAAGAAUGUGGGAAAGGAGACAAAAAUGCUUGCCAUCGAAAUAAUUGUGAACAUUUUGUAUUUAUAUUUUACUGUGGGAGGCAGCAGGAGGAUAGAUACAGAACAGAAUUGCAAAUACAAAUAUUAGAUUGGACUGUUCUUUCUUGCGAGACUUAUUUCAGAAGUUCAGCAAUGGCCUGUGACGGAGGGGACAGACUGCUGAUGUUUUAAAGUGUUGGUGAGUAGCAGGUGACCUAAAUGUCAGCCUCUUUGGUUCAUGUAGUCCUUGAUUUUUAAUAAAGUGAUCCAACACAGAUGACAGAUUCUGGUCUGCCUUACUCCAUCUUGUGCCAAGCUGAAGUAAGGGUAGCCAGGAUCGACAGUUGCCAGAGACUAUCCAUCUGUUUAAGGUGAGGGUGCUCACAGACAGCGUGACUCGACACUGGUUUUGUUUGGCCUUCAGGCUCCAAUUGCUGGGAUUUUGGGCAGGGAGGCACAGGACUUGGCUCACAUCACUUGUUGGUUACAGCCUACACAGUGGAAAAAUCUUGGGAGAACUGCGACAGUGUCUCGAACUUCAACCCUAUUGAAAAGAGGUAACAUCCUAGGAUAGUCUGGUAGAUUGUAGCAAAACAACUGGAACAUUGCUUUUUUGAGGGGGAGGGAAUCUUUAAUAGGCAAGCUGUUUUUAUUUCAGAAUUCUUCUUCAAGUGAAAUGGAAGGUGAAAUGGAGUUGUCUCUCUCUGAAUUCUGUGUAAGUAAAGCUGAAGUCAAGUAUUUUGGGUGGUUGCACUGCCUAAAUCACCCUUGUAUUCCUAUAAAGAGCAUCAGAAGCUGUCCACAAGUCACUGAAACAGUGCAGUGAAAACAUAAUGUAUUUAUUUAUUUCCCUUUUGUUUGGUUGGGAUUUUUUUUUUAAGCUUGUACUUUUAACUUUUUUAAUGGACUGAAUCAGCUCCCUGAAUAAGCACUGUUUUAGUAGCUGUAUUAUGGGCUGCACAUAAGGAAUAUCCACUACUAGUUCUCCAAGACAUAAGUCUCACACAGUAAAAUUCAACACCCUGUAAUAUAGGAUGAAACUGAGGAAUUUGCAAUUACUGUUGUGACUUUCAUUUAAUCUUCAGCUGAUGACUAUGCUGACUGAUCUAGAUUAAAGCAGAUUUUGCAUGCAUCCUGCAUAACAAAAGAAGGUCAGCUUUGAUAUGUGACACACUGACCUGUAAAAUGUGGUUCUACUCCAGGAAGUGAUUUCAGAUGACAGUGUUCAGAUCUGAGCUGCUCAACCUGAGCGUUCUCAGCUGCUUACUUCAGGGAUACAAAUAACGUAUUGACAUUUUACUACUUAUUUCCUAAAGAUUUAAUUUCCUUGGCAUCAGUUUGCUGACUCUAAUCCUCAGUUGCCUACCUUUACUUGCAACUGAUGCAGACCAAAAGGCAUCUAGAAGUUAAAUCUGGCUUUCAGAAUCAAAAAGUGGAAUAUAUGCUAGUGGGGUGGGGGAAAAUCCAGUUGGAUUUUAAAUUGUGGCAUGUACUUUUAAUCUAUUAAAAAAAAAAAAAAUUAAAAUCAAUUAAAAUGCUGUCAACAUGGAAAA